AUGGUCCUUCUAAGGCUAAAACACUGGACUCCUGCCCCUCAGGCGCUCCCACGGCCCGGGCCCCGCCCCCUCGCUAUUUUUGAGCCAGCGCGGGUGGAGCCAUCCCAGGGCUGGUCGGGGAUGGGCGGAGCUGCCCCGCCCCAUAUCCCACAGUGCCCCGGGACCGGAAGAGGGAGCCGUGGUUUCCGGAACUUCGCCCGCCUCUCUGGGCUUUUGCUCGGUCAGGCUGGUGGCGUCUUGGUGUCUUCGUUUGUUAUGGCCGCUGCCGUCGCUAUGGAGACAGAUGAUGCUGGAAAUCGACUUCGGUUUCAGUUGGAGUUGGAAUUUGUGCAAUGUUUAGCCAACCCAAAUUACCUUAAUUUUCUUGCCCAAAGAGGUUACUUCAAAGACAAAGCUUUUGUUAAUUAUCUUAAAUACUUGCUUUACUGGAAAGACCCAGAAUAUGCCAAGUAUCUAAAGUACCCUCAGUGUUUACACAUGUUAGAGCUGCUCCAAUAUGAACACUUCCGAAAGGAGCUGGUGAAUGCUCAGUGUGCGAAAUUUAUUGAUGAACAGCAGAUUCUACAUUGGCAGCACUAUUCCCGGAAGCGGAUGCGCCUUCAGCAAGCCUUGGCAGAGCAGCAACAGCAAAAUAACACAUCGGGAAAAUGAAAAAGCUGGAUACAAACGAGGCACUUAAUACAUGUAUAUAAUGUAUUUCUUUUGUACAGUGAAGACAAAAAAAAUGAAAACUCUUCCUAUCUACCUUUAUUAUGGUAGCCCCUAGAACCUUUAGUGUGCUUUUUAAUCCAACUUUUUAUUGUUAAUAGACUAUUUCUGUUAAACCUGAA